UUUUCGUAUAGAAUUUAUGGAUUUAUUAUUAAAUUUUCUUAAGCAAAAUCAUGUAAAUGGGUUUAAAAAAUGUUUUAAAUUAAUUUUUAAAAAGAAAUUUAGAAAUGAAUGGUGGAAACAAAAAGAAGAUUUCUAUUGUGUUAAAAUCGACAUUACUCGGUAAUGGUUUGCAAAAUGAACAAUCUGUAAAGCAAGUGAAUGAAGAAAAGAUUCCAAUAAAUAGAAUUGAGAAAAUCAGCAAAAUCCAAAAUUCUGUAUCCUCCAAUGAAGAUUUCCAAUUAACAAAAAAUGUUAAAAACAAUAAUUUUAUUAAAAAUGACAAUCAAAUUGGUGACAAUAUUAAAUAUGAAGAAGAGUCGCAAACAAAAUCUUCCCCUCGUUUUUUGCCGUUUGCCAUUUCUCGUCAACAAUUAACACCUUCAUCUUCAACUACUUUAAUUAGCAAAAGCAAUACAACAACUAAAAAGCAAAACGAAGAGAGUGUAAAGUCUGAAGAGGAAUUGAAGAAUGUUAAGGAAUUUCCUUCUCAACGCCCUUCUCGACAACGUACAACUUCCGUCGAAACAUCAAUUUCGAAUAGUCAUAGUUCAAAAUCUUCUCACCGCUCUUCUUCUCAUUCUUCCUCUUCAGAUUCUUCAACAUCUUCCAAUCGACGUUCUUCCACUUCAAAUUCUUCUAGGAAUUCAUCAACUUCACGUCGUUCUGAUUCGUCAACAGAAUCGUCAUCAAGAUCUCAUUCACGGCGCUCGUAUAGAACAAGCAGGUAUAGCCGUCGGAGAAGACGAAGUAGCAGCAGAAGUUCUAGCAGUGAAAGAUAUUCGCGGAGACGUCGACGAUCUUUUUCUACUAGAAGGUAUCGAUUAAAAAGGCGACGCUCUUAUAGCAGGGAUAGAAGUUAUACAAGAUCACUAGUCAAACGAUCUAAAAGAUAUUCAUCAUCUUCGUCAUCUUCUAGAAGCUCAAGUUCCUCAUCUUCUUCCUCCUCUUCACAAACUUCACAUUCUGAGAAAUCAUCUGCCUCUUCGACACAUAAUUCCUCUACUACAUCUAUCGGUUCAAAAAAAUUGGUUGGCACGAACAAUUAUCAAAAGGAUGAGAGAAGUGAAGAAAAAUCAAAAGAUAUGAAGAAGGAGACGAGAAAUGAUAUAAAGGAAGAUAAACUUGAAGAGAGGAAGGAAGAAAUAGAGGAAGAUAAAUUGAGUAGCAAAAGUGGAGAUUCCAUGCCUUAUUCUUCAGAAGACGAAGAUGACCAACAGGAAUUUGUAGAAGAGAAGGAAAAUGAAAAGAUUAAGGUAACGGAUAAAAAUCAGGAAGUAGAGAAUGACGAAAACAAAAAUGAAAAGAAUAAAGGAAAAUGGUUACCAAUUGGUUUUGAGAAUUUAAAAAAUGAGAGUAAUGAUGAUGAUAAAAAUGUGAAAGAUGAGACGGAUGAAAGUGAAAUGUCUGAUCAUGAAGCAGAAUUGGUGCGGAAAAAUAAGCAAAUUAGAAUUAAAGAACGUUGGGAGUUGCUAAAGUAUCAAAAACAAGUAAUCCCUCAGACAUCAAAUAAUUUUGAAUCUAAUGAAUGGAGUGAAGAAAGGGAAAGGGAAUUUGUGUUUAGCUUACUUGAAUAG